AGCUUCCGGUCCUGGGUCUGCUUGCGCAGCCGCAGUUUUACCCUGGACCAGCCGUGGCCUGUUGUGCUGGGGCUGGAGCCUCUCCCCUGGUGGUUGGGCCAGGAAGAGGAAGGAGACACCUGUGGGAGGCCAGGGCUCAUCCCAAGCAAGAGGCAGAGAGCCAGAGGGAAUGGCCCCUGGGAGCCCCAGACCCUCACCCCAGGAGUUGGUGACAUUCCACGAUGUGGCUGUGGACUUCACACCAGAGCAGUGGGGUCUGCUGGACCAUCCUCAGAAAUUACUGUACAAGGAGGUCAUGCUGGAGAAUGCUCAGAACCUGCUGUCCCUGGGGCUUCCAGUUCCUAGAGAAUAUCUGCUCUCCUGUUUUGAGCAAGAAGGCCUGAAGAACUCCUGUCAAGAUGCAGAGACCAGAUUUGGUGUGAAGAAGAUAAGUGAAAAACUGAAACUGUCUUCACAGAUUAGCUAUUCUCAAUAUAAUGAAUACAAGGAUGAUUUCACUAAACAUGAGAGAAUUUAUGCCGAAGUGGAAAAUUAUGAAUUCAGUCAACAUGGAAAAGCUUUCAGAAAGAGUUCCAGGGUUACUCAAAAUAAGAAAAUACAUCCUGAAGAGAAACCUGUAGAGUGUCAUGAAUGUGGUAAAGCAUUUAAGAAUCACUCUUACCUUAUUAUACAUGAGAGGAUGCACAGUGGAGAGAAACCUUAUGAAUGUAAUCAGUGUGGAAAGGCUUUCAUAGUUAGGGGCCAUCUUGCUAGACAUCAGAGAAUCCACAGUGGAGAGAAGCCUUAUGAAUGUAAUCAAUGUGGAAAGACUUUCAGAGACAGCUACGGUCUUACUAGACACCAGCAUAUUCACAGUGGAGAGAAAAUUUAUGAAUGUACUCAGUGUGGAAAGGCUUUCAAAGACAACUACAGUCUUACUAAACAUCAGAGUAUUCACAGUGGAGAGAAACCUUAUGAAUGUAAUCAGUGCGGAAAGACUUUCAGAUACAAUUACAGUCUUACUAAACAUCAAAGUAUUCACAGUGGAGAGAAGCUUUAUGAAUGUAAUCAGUGUAGUAAGACUUUCUUUAGAAAAUCCAGUCUUACUAGACACCAGCAUAUUCACAGUGGAGAGAAACGUUAUGAAUGUAAUCAAUGUGGAAAGACUUUCAGAGACAACUUUUGUCUUUCUACACAUCAGCUUAUUCACAGUGGAGAGAAACCUUAUGGAUGUAAUCAGUGUGGAAAGACUUUCAGAUUUAGUUGCAGUCUUACCACACAUCAGAGAAUUCACAGUAGAGAAAGACCUUAUAAAUGUAAUCAAUGUGGAAAGACUUUCAGAUGUGGUUCCAAUCUUACUAUACAUCAGAGAAUCCACACUGGAGAGAAACCUUAUAAAUGUAAUCAGUGUGGAAAGGCUUUUGCUCGAAAGCACCGCCUUACAUGUCAUUACACAAUCCACAAUGAAAAGAAACCUCAUGAGUGUCAUGAAUGUGGUAAAACUUUUGCUGUCCGCUCUUCCCUUAUUGUACAUCAGAGAAUCCACACUGGAGAGAAAUAUGAAUGUACUGAGUGUGGAAAGGCUUUCACAAACUCCUCCAGUCUUACUUAUCAUCAGAGAACCCACACUGGAGAGAAACCUUAUGAAUGUAACCAGUGUGGAAAGGCUUUCAGAAUUAAUUCCAAUCUUGCUGUACAUAAGAGAACCCACACUGGAGAGAAACCUUAUGAAUGUCAUCAAUGUGGAAAGGCUUUCUCGUGGAGGAACAGUUUUGUUUAUCAUCAGAGAACCCAUUGUGGAAAGAAACCUGAAUGUCAUUGACCCCUACCCUAUUUGAAUAGAGCCCAGUCCAUCCUAAAUCACUGAUCUGAUCUCCUUGAUUUCCAGGAGCAGAUCCUGCUGCCACUGCCAUUUUUCACAGGCCCCUGCCCCACUGCUGUGCUGCCAUGAACACUGGCAGCUUCACAAUCUCACAGCCCCUCAACCACUAUGGCAGAGGUUAAGUACAGCCAGCCAAAAGUAGUGGCACCAAGGAGGCACACGAGCCAGUCACAGGUUGAGUAAAAGCUACUUUCAUCUAUUCUGGUGUGGAGAAAGUAGAUUUGGCAGUUCACUGUGAAAAAUUGCUUUUAAAAAAAGGAAUAGGGACAGCUAUGUGACUCAGUGGAUUGAAAGACAACAUAGAGAUGGGAGGUCCUGGGUUUAAAUCUAGCUUCAGACACUUCCCAGCUGUGUGACCCUGGGCAAGUCACUUAUCCCCUAUUGCUUAGCCCUUACCACUCUUCUACCUUGGAAUCAAUACACAGUAUUGAUUCUAGGAUAGAAGGGAAGGGUUUAAAAAAUGGAAUUAAAAAAAAAAAGCAAGCAUGGAGCCUUCCUGAACCUUCUGGAAGCCACCAGGAUAAUCAGAGAAUGGAAGGAUGAAAUACCUUCUGUGGAGACAAGAAGCACUUGGCAUGUGCAUUUGAGUUAGAGUGUGGAACUCUCCUUUCUAGAUUGCUUGUUGGAAGUUUGCCCCCAACGUUAGCUCGUGGCAGUGCUAUGAUCUUUUCCCUUUAUGCCUCUGGCAGCGACACUGUUGACCAAAACCUUUACUGAGACUGGAGUGCCUUCUGGGCUCUUUGUAGAGAACCGGCUCAUCCAUAUAAUUCUUAUGUGGGUUUGAAUCACCUGUGGAGAGGGCUGGAAGCUGGGUUAAACUUACAGGCUAGGGAGGGUGAGGCAUAGAAGGAUCAGAGUGUGCUGUCAUCAGGUCAGCCUGUCAGAUGGUCAGAGAGAGCGAGUGACUGAGCCGAGCUGCCUUCAUGAAGGAAAGGAGCAAUGGGGGUUGCGGGACGUCAUUCAUACAGAAAUAUUAGCAUCGUAUUGGCAAUCCAUUCCAAGGUGAAAGAACCGAUGCCAAGACAGUGGCCUGGCCUGUGCCAGACAAGAAGCUCAUUUGACAGUCCUCCCUCCAGAGCCCUGGCACCCUCUCGUUCAGAUGUUGAGUGUGUAUCUCUGACAUUACAAAGAAGCUGUGGAAAUGGCUUGCCAGCCUUCCAGACUGCAAAUCACGUAAAGUUCCAUAAAAUCUUAGACCCAACCAAUUUGAGAAUGCACAACUCAGUCCUGUGAAAUAUUAGAAAUAGACCCACGAGUCUGGUCCACGAGCACUUUGCUCCCGAGUCAGCUUUUGAAUGCGUCUUUACCAUCUUCACAAUUCGCUGUAACUGAGACCCACCUUCUUCAGUGUGGUGCAAGGUGGGGGCUGCUACAGGCCAGUUUCUACCCGGCAUCAUGCUGCUGCCAGUUUCUUGUACCCGCUGGCAAGAAGAUCAUUGAGAUGGCAGCCAGAGGAGUCAAGACUCACCUGGGAGCUUGGAAGCAAAUCUCCCCAUAUCAUCUCAGACUGUGAUAUAGACUGCUGUGAAAGGAGUGGCGACGGCCAACUUCCUCAUUCAAGGCAAGGUUUGCUGUAAUGGCACAAGUGUACUUGGCCAAAGGGAAAUGUUAGAUGAAUUCUUAGAGGAAGUAGUCAAACCCCAAAGAUAAAGAUUGGAGAUCCCCUUGUGGAAGAUACAAGAAUGGGCCCCCUCAUCAGUCAAUCACAUCUGCAACAUAUUCUUGCAUUCAUUAAAGAGGCAAAGAACUAGGGCGUAAAGUGUUGUGUGGCGGAGACUUGUAUGUGCCAAAAGACCCCAAACUAAAGGAUGGAUACCAACCCUAACCCUACAUGAAACCUUGUGUAUUGGUCAAUUGCAAAGAUGGCAUGACCCAUGUGAAGGAUGAGAUCUUGGGGCCACUUGUGUCCAUUUUGCCCAUUGACACAGAAGUUGAAGUCCUCAAGAGAGCCAAUGACACUACCCUUGGACUUAUGAAGACAGCCAGUGUCUUCAUAAUAAUCCUCCAAAGAACUUGCUGAGUGGUGUUCAAGGUUCAAAUUGGAAUAUGCUACAUUAAUGAUUCAUGUUGGCCCAGUGGAAUUGUCCUUAGGUGGCUAAAGAUGUCAGGAUCUGGCAGAGACAAUGUCCAUGUGACAACUGAGUACUAUUCACUGCCAAAGACCAUCUGAGUUGAGAUGGGUGAUACAGGCUGUAUUCUGAAGUGCUGAGGAAAAGAUCUAUGAAAAUAGCACCACCUGGUGGGGUCACAUGAUGACAUCCUGACACACCUGUGAGUGAACACCCAGCCCUUUUCAGCCUUUGGAAUUCUGGUUCUUCAAGAAGAGAGAAUUGAGUGGCACUUUUCUUUCAUCCUGAUUGCUUGCUAAAAUGUAAUGGCAUUUUCCACAGAUUUGCCAAAAGAUCUGUGAUUUUUUUUCCCCUCCAACUUGAAUCUCUACAAGACCCUAAAGUGUCAACUCUUCCAUUCUUUCUAGGAGAGCAGGAUAUCUAGAGCUUAAAGGGAUUAGAUCCAUCAGUGGUUUAAUUGCAUCUUUCUAACCUGUUUUAAAGUUAUUAAGGUGAUAUUUUUGUUUAGUGAAGCAAUUUUUUUAAAAAGCCCAUACCUUCUGUCUUGCAAUAAAUACUGUGUAUUGGUUCUAAUGCAGAAGGGUGGUAAGGGCUAGGCGAUGGGGGUCAAGUGACUUGCCCAGGAUCACACAGAUAGGAAGUGUCUGAGGUCAAAUUUGAACUCAGGACUUCCCAUGUCUAGGCCGGGCUCUCAAACUACUGAGCCUCCCAGCAGCCCCCCAUGAAGCAAAAAUUUAAAAUUAAAUAACCUAGACUCACCCUGUUGUUGGUAGUCAGCUUGAAAAAAGAAGUAGACAAGGACAUCUUUUGCUUAGAACAGUUAGUAAACUAUAGUAAGAGAGAAAUUUCCAAUCAGUAUUAUUCAUUUAAUGUGAUUCCAUAGAAGUAGUGAAUGAUUAACAUUAAUCUACAUUUAGGGAAGUGUAUAAUUAGAAUUUUGCUCCCUAAAACUCUCUUUCCCAGCUUCUGUCAUCAGUGGAUCCCAGGGUACAGUGACAUAACCAAAUGUCUCAUUGACCUGACUAGAAAUGCAGAACCCAAACCUCUAAAGCUCAAAGCAGAACAUCUGCAAGCUAUUGCAAAGCUCAAAGGACCCAUUCUAGCAGCACCAGCUCUUGGUAUCCCAGAUUACUCCAAACCUUUCCAUCUAGUUGGGCAUGAGUGCAAGGGAAUAGCAUCAGAGGUGUUAACACAGACCCUAGGACAAAAUUGCCACCCCAUAGGUCACUAUUGACCCAAUAGUCACUGGAACUGUCCUUUGUCUCAGAGGAAGUCAGCAGACUUAGUUCUGGGGUGCCUGUUAACAGUUUUUUAUGCUCACCAGAUUGAAGCACUUCUGAGGAAAUUUCGUACUCAUUCUCUGAACAGAGAAUUUCCAGUUUUGAGAUUAUUCUCUUGGGUAGUGAAAACAGAACUAAAGAGGUGUGUAUUAAAUCCAGCAAAACUCUUACCAGACUUACCCACUUGUGGGGAACCACUGCAUGAGUGUAAACAAGUAGUGAAAUUGGUGGAACAACCGAGGCACAGGACUUAAAAGAUACACUUAUUGAAAAUCCUGACUUAGAACUGUUCACUGAUGGUUCUUCCUACAUGCAUAAUGGUAUCCGCUACACGGGAGCCACAGUAGUCACACUGAUUAUUGUGAAUCCCUUUUCCUUUCCCUGGCUUAAUUCCUUAGCAUAAGAUAGUUUAGAAAUAGGAUAAGAUAGACAAGAGUAGGCUAUUUAUGAUUUGGGGUUAGAAUAUUAGGAUAGGAAUAAGAUAAGGGGAAUGUAAGUUAUAUUGGUAAACAAACAUGAAAACAUUUUGGUUCAAAAUGAUUUUGGGUUGUUCAAAAGGGUGGAUUGUUAGAGGAGAAAAGGAAAGUGGGUUGCAAGCAAGCGACAGGAAAGAGGUUUUGACAGGCAGCACUGCAUGCCAAGGAACUAUUCAAGACACGAUCUAGAAUGAGGACAUUUGAAAAGGGGACACAGAAAAUGGCAAGAGGCUUUUGGUUUCCUGUUUCUAGGAGAGCCUGAAGCUCCAACUUCCUCUGGCUUGUGAUUUUUAUCAAGUCAAGGAGGGACUUUGUUCUUAUCCACUUGAAACUGAAGUCACCAGCUCUGGUAUCCUGAGUGAAGACUCUGCCCUGACUUCUCUCCUUGUUUUAGCCUCGUGAGAGAUGGUAUCCAGCUGCGCUGAGAUCUGUGUGCAGCAAGCCUUCAAAGAAAGACCAGAUGGCCUACAGCCAUCUUGGGCCUCACCGGCCUGGCUUGGUCCCUGAAAUAAAGGGCUAACCUACCGGAACUAAGAACUAUAUCUUGCCAAACUGCAUUUGGGAGGAUUUGUCAGGUCGUACGAUAGCUGGGGAAAUCUUAGGCAGCCUGUGUAGAGAACUAGGUGGCCUCAAGACCCAAAGGUGUUCCUUUGCAGGAACUGUAAGAAAGGUGGGAUAAUUAGCUAGUAUUUCGUAGACUAGGGUGUCCUAUCCCCAUCCUCCCAUGCUGCCUACUUGACAAUACAAACUGUAUUUGUUUGUAAACCUGGUCUAAGAGCUAAGUGCGCUGGGUCUGUGGAAUGGUUUACUGGCCUCUCCUCGCUAGAGGUUAUCAAGAAACCAACAACCCUCGGUAUCACCCUCUUACUGAACCAUCAGGAUUACCUUCUUGUUUCCGUUCUCUCCUCAAACAUUUCCCAUCUUCAUUCUCUUGCUAUGUCUUUACGUUGGGGAGAUAGACGUCUUGUGUAGUUCCACCCUCUCUUUUCUCCUGGAAACGGGACUGGAGGUUGAGUAAGAGUUGGCUAGGAGAACUUUACCCGUGUUCUUUACUUGGGCUUUCUCAUUUUGUUUCUUUUAUUUCUUCUACUUCCAAGUGAUUAUUAAUAAAUCUCAUAAGAUAUUA